AUGUCAACACUUAACAUCGAGAAUUUGUUCGGCGUCAAAGGCUAUGUAGCUCUCGUAACUGGUGGAAGCAGUGGGUUAGGCUUCAUGAUCUGUAAGGGAUUGGUUGCCAACGGAGCCAAAGUCUACGUCGUCGCUUUACCGAUGGAGCCAAUUGAGGAAAAGGUAGCGGAGCUUAACCAAAUCGGUCUGUAUACUGGUGGCUCAGCAUACGGAUUAGCCUGCGAUGUCAGUGACAAGGAUGCCAUUGCAAAGCUAGCACAAGAAAUCAAUGGCCGAGAGACGCAUCUCGAUGUGUUGAUAUCCAAUGCUGGCAUAAGGCGGGAUCCUCUGGUUCCUUGCGAUGUCCUCACGGCGUCAUUGUCCGAACUGCAGGCAUCAAUGUGGUCAUCACGGCAUGCAGAUUGGACAGAUACGUUCUGUGUGAACACGACCGCUCACUAUUUCCUGUCUGUGGCAUUACUACCACUUUUGGCCGCAGCUUCACAAAUUGAAUUAGGAGAUGGACUUCUGGGCAGAGAUGUCGGCCGUGGUGCUAUUGUUAUGACGAGUUCCUGUGCCAGUAUGCAUAAUGCGACGAAUGUAGAUCUGACCAGCUAUGCCACAAGCAAAGCUGCGACGGAUCAUCUCGUUAAGCUUCUGGCAGCCAAGUUCAGUCGAUUUUACGUUCGAGUGGUCGGCAUCAACCCUGGAUUUGUUCCAAGCAACAUGAAUCCAGUCGGCGAGGCUGGAAACAUGUUCAGCUCUCUUUUCGACCGCGUUCCAGCCAAGCGCGCUGGAAAUCAGGAAGAUAUUGCUGGAGCUGUCAUCUAUCUCAUCAGUCGAGCCGGUGCCUAUGUCGAUGGCGUGUCCGUUUGUAUUGAUGGAGGCCGUGUCCUCGUUGCCAAUGGACAAGAGUGA